UCCGUGUGUGUCUUAGACUUUUCAAUUCCGUAUUUGCCCCGUUGGCAAACUUUGAUUGGUCUGAAAAUUACGAUAUACGUCAAGGACAAAGCUGUCAUAUGGUCGGUUUGAUCCGGUUUCUUAUCACUUCUUGUUAUUAGUUAAUCAGGCCAGUAUUGGGUUUGAUCUAGUAGUGUUUCAGUUUUACUUGUAUACACAAGGAGUGGACAUUAAUGAGAAAAUCUUGGCUAUGUCUGGUUUCAAUUUUUAAUGGUUUGGUCCAGUUUUCGGUUUUUGUUUAUUAUAUCUGAUUGGUCUGAUUUGUUUUUAGUUUCUAUUGGUUCCAUAAAACCCCAACCCUAAAUGAAACCAAUUAAGAUUUGGCCCAAGCUGAACCAAUAGAUUUUUUGUUGGUCCAGCCGAUUCAGCUCCUAUCUGUAAUAACGCUACGCAUGCAUGGUUUGAGAAUCAAAAGUUUUGACCGCGCAAAGUCCGGGAUAUUUUUGUCAUUUUGAUAACAGGUGCAGCCUCCCCGCACGGAGAAACAUCCUCAGUCUUGCUGUGUUACCUCCUUGAAAGCAUAAUUAUGUUUUGGGCUCCUUGUUUGAUCUGUCAUCGGAAUGGAUCCAAAGAUAGCAGAGAAACCGUAGAGAUGUGUUUGUCUAAGAUGAAGUGACAUUUAUUUCCUCCUCCGAGGUGGUUCAAUCACAGACCCGGAACUUCAGGAGCUAUGGCUCAACAGGAAGAUGGAUGGCCUCUGGGUUUGCAACCAUUAAAUGUGAGAGUUGGGUUGGUGAGGAACCGUGAUUAUUCUGGAUCAAUUUCAUUUAAUACUUUGCUUACUGGUUCUUUGAGUUCCUCCACGGAUUCUUCCUCAGAUUUAGAUACAGAGUCCACAGGAUCAUUCUUCCACGAUAAGAGUGUCACACUAGGAAGCCUCAUUGGUGUGUCCAACAUUCUAGAGCUCUCAGAAAGAUCAGGCGAGGGAAGAAGAGCAGAAGCCUUGAGAAACAAGAAGAGUUGCAGGUCCAAAACUUGGUUCUUCUCUCUAUGCUCUAGGGCUGAUGAUAGUUCUUCUGAUAGUGUGAACAACCCUCCUCCAUCCCUGGGUCAUUUUCUUGAAGCUGAGAGGAGAGCUACCAACGAUCACAGAAGGAAUCAGAGCCCAAUUAUUUAUGAAGCAGACGAGUUCUCCCGAGCAAGGAAUGCUUCUGAACCAACUUCAUUAUUUGUUGAUGGCCUCCUAGCUCCUCCACAGUCAAACUCAAACUCAUGGUUUGAUUCAGACGCUGGUGAGACAUCCCAUGGUGUUCCAGUACUGUUUUCAUGUAUGUGUGGACAACCAAGUAACUGAGCAUCUAUCAGUUUCUGUUAAGUUCUUUUUCUUAUGCUUUCCUCACUGUUAGGAAUUUUUGGGAACCCUUCUUUUAGUAAAAUAACAGCAACUUUCUUCAUUUAA